GGCGGGAUAUAUAGGGGGCCACUGCCUCACCGCUACACGCAAAAACACAGCUCGCAGCUCCUGUUCCGGAACUCCCUAAAAAAAACAAAAAGAAAAAGAGAAAAAAAGCCCACAUAUUUGAGAUUUAUUUAUUUUUGGUGCUUCUCUGCCAAAGGGAGUGUACUAUGGUCAUGCUGAAGAUCUCGGCGUUCCUCAUCACAUAUGCCCUGGUCAUCUGCCAGAUGUACUGCUCGCAAGCUGCCCCCGCCAGACCGGCAUUGGAAUCCAUGUCGGAGAGGGUCACGCUGACGGAUUACGAGGCGCGGCGGCUACUCAACGCCAUCGUCAAGGAGUUUGUGCAGAUGACGGCCGAGGAGCUGGAGCAGCAGCAGCAGCAGGCGGCUGAGGGCAACAGCAUGGCCCGGGCGCUAACCAAGCGCUGCUCCAACCUCAGCACCUGCGUACUGGGCAAACUCUCUCAGGAGCUGCACAAGUUGCAGACGUUCCCUCGCACCAACGUGGGAGCGGGAACGCCCGGCAAGAAGCGCGGCGCUCCCGAUGGCGAGCGCUACGCCAGCUACGGCGAGACGUUUGACGCCGUCUAACCACUCCCCCUUUUACGCCAUCCUCCUCUGCCCCCCUGCCCCCCUUCCGCACCCUUGCUAUGUCAUGACCUCCCAGUCGUCCUCAUUGGCCAGCGCAUGUUGGCGUAACUUGCCUGACUGACGUGAAGUGAAAAGAAACAGGCGGCCAUCUUUGGUCUCAGACUAGGGCUGGGCGACGAAUCAAUUUCAUUGAGUAAUUUGAAUUUGGUUUAGUUUGUAAAGAAAGUUAAUCAUGAUUAUUUUCUCGCAGUUAAUAGUUUUCCGACUAACAUUUUAACAAUGUCGAGCAGUGCAUUUGGAAGCUGGAUCAUUAACAUUAUCCAGAAAUGCAACAGAACUGCGGGCAUCUGUACCAAGUACGUCCUUUGGAGUAUUUCAAAAUUCAUUUACCUCAUCGCGAGGCAAUAACAUAAAACAUUUCAAUGUAAUACAUCACGCUCACCAGGUAUACCGAUUAUUAAUGUAAUCAGAAAACACUGAUGUUAGUGUGGGCCUGCUUGCUGGCUCUCUGAGGACAAAUAUGAACUCUAGUCGGUGAAAGAAACAGGACUAUAGCUAAUACGGUGAACCCUGCCUAUUCGCAUCAUUCACUGACUUUUUUUUUAACCUAUUUCUUUAACCUAGUUCUCUAAUGCGCAUCUUUGCGCAAUUACAGAACACAGUCAACCACAAAUAGCUGGGGUUCACUUUGAGUACAAAUCCCAUUCAAGACUUUUUUUUAUGAACUUUGAGCACCCUAUAUCGAAGUGGUGAACAAAGUAUGGCCCGCGGGACAUGUACAGCCCAAUUUGUUCUUUAACCUGGUCCACAUUUUCCUAAAAUUGGUUAAGUAAACAAAUUAAUGUUAAUUCAUGUCCUCAUUUUAAGAGUGUCACGUUAUUCUUACAUAUGGAGCAGCCGAGCCAUAAUUCGACAACUAGUUUUCCGUACAUUAAAAAAAUUAUUGUGGAUUGUGUGACAUACAUUUAAACAGAAUGGAUUUUUUUCUUCCCAAAAGAAAUAAGUAUUUUCACAUUAUUGUAUAUUUGAGGGGAAAGAAAAGCAUUUAUUUCUAUUAUUUUCUGGAAGUUAAUGCAAUUUAACGCUGGGGCGAAACUGUUUCUAAUCUCCUUCAGUAUGAGAAGAAUUAAUGCAAUUCUGAAAGGGAGGGGAAAAACUGACAAAUUGAUAGAAAUGUUCCUAAAAGUAAAGAGGGGAAAACAUGUUCAAUUGAAAAUCGGAUUCUAAAAAAGAGAUUUUAUUUUGAGGCCAUGUCACCCAGCCCUAGGUCAGACAAUCACGUUCUUUGCUGUACACUGCCAGACACACGCGCACACGCACUUGCGCGCGCUCACACACACACACACACACACACGCGCACGCACACACACGCCUACUUCUUCGCAUGUAACGUUAAUCAGCAAGCGCCGCCAUGUUGCUUGUUCAAUAAACAUAUUUUU